AUGAAUAGGGCAAUUUGUCGCCCAGCUCGAGACGUCGGACGAUCCAAGCUCCACGACUCGAGGGCACAUGUCAACUGCCCGUCGUGUGCUUGUAGAGACACCGGAUGCGCGACGGCGAGAACGCACGCAGCGCAAAGACGCAAAAAGCGACAGCGGACGACGUUAAGACGGCAACUCGAGGAUACUCUAGCGGGCCGCCACUGGUCCUGCCAUUCACCACGGACCUUGCACUCGCUGGCGCGCCACAGACCCAGGGCGACGGUGUCACGUGACAUUCGCGUGACCCCGAUCUCUCGCUCAUUUUGCGCUUUCCAACUAUUUCUCGCCGUCCGGCCCGAUCCAAUGUUGCAGUUGCAGUUGUGUAUUUCAUUACAUACGCGCCGAGCGCCGGCGGAGCCCGAGCGCUGGGAAUCGCGCGGCCACAGCCCAUCUGGCGCGUUCGAGCACCCGUGCGGCGGCCCCACGCCGCUCGAGCAAGUAGAGUGA